UCCGAUUCCGCACCCGCCUCCGUAGUCGCCCCUCCCCCUCCUGCACCUAGCCGGAGUCCGGCCUCCGCCUCCCUCUCCGCCACUCCUCCAGCUUUAUCUCUGCGGCUCCCCCCCUCCGCCUCCACCGGUACCGCACCACCACCACGCCGAUGUCCCGCAUCCACCUCCACCGCUGCCUCUACUCCUCCACCUCGCGGCCCUUGCGUUCCUGGUCGCCCCGCGCCGCCUUUGCCGCGGCAACAGAGCGCGUCCGCGCUGGGGCGCUCAGCCAAGACGAUGCACACCACCUGUUCGACGAAUUGCUGCGGCAGGCCACCCCGGUCCCCUGGCGCUCCCUCAACGGCUUCCUUGCCGCCCUCGCCCGUGCGCCGGCCUCCGAAGUCUGCAGAGAUGGGCCCGCCCUCGCCCUCGCCCUCUUCAAUCGCGUCUGUCGUGAUGAAGCCGGCGCGCGGGUGGUGCCUCUCACAGUCCACACCUACGGCAUCCUCAUGGGCUGCUGCUGCCGUGGGCAUCGCCCGGACCUAGGGCUUGCCUUAUUCGGUCGCCUCCACAGGACGGGCAUCAAGACAAACCAGAUCGCCGUCAACACCUUCCUUAAGUGCCUCUGUUACGCAAAACGGACGGAUGAAGCUGUGAACGUGCUGCUUCAUAGGAUGUCCGAGCUCGGCUGUGUGCCUGAUGCCUUCUCAUACUCCAUUGUUCUGAAGAGCUUAUGCGACAAUAGCAUGAGUCAGCGGGCACUCGACCUGCUCCAGAUGAUGGCGAAAGAAGGAGGUGCCUGCUCCCCCAACGUGGUGACAUAUACCACGGUCAUCCAUGGCCUCUUUAAGGAAGGCGAAACAGGCAAGGCAUGCAAUCUAUUCCAUGAAAUGAAGCAGCAAGGGAUUGAGCCCAAUGUGGUGACAUAUACCUCGAGCAUUGAUGCGUUGUGCAAGGCCAGAGCAAUGGACAAGGCAGAGCUAGUCCUUCGGCAGAUGGUUGCUAAUGGUGCUCAACCCAAUGAAGUGACAUAUAAUUGCAUGAUCCAUGGAUAUUCCACAUCAGGGCAGUUGAAAGAGGCUGCUAAAAUGUUCAGAGAAAUGACAAGUCAGGGUCUUAUACCAGAUAACUUUACUUGCAGCUCGUUAAUGACUUCCCUUUGCAAGCAUCGAAGAAGCAAAGAAGCUGCAGAAAUUUUUUAUGCCAUGACUGCCAAAGGCCACAGAGCUAAUGUUGUCUCGUACUGUAUUUUGCUUCAUGGGUAUGGCAAUAAAGGAUGCUUUGGUGAUAUGAUUGAUCUCUUUAAUUCAAUGAAAAGCAACGGUAUUGCAGCCGACUGCCGUGUUUUCAACAUAUUAAUUAAUGGAUAUGCUAAACGUGGAAUGAUGGAUGAAGCUGUGCUGAUAUUUACUGAAAUGCGGGAAAAAGGAGUGAGUCCUGAUGUAGUCACCUAUACCACUGUAAUAGCCGCACUUUCCAGAAUGGGUAGGUUGACCGAUGCUAUGGACAAAUUCGAUGAGAUGAUUGCAAUGGGAGUACAGCCAAGCAUACCUGUUUAUCAGUCCCUGAUUCAGGGUUUUUGCAUCGAUGGUGAUUUGGUUAAAGCCAAGGAGCUGGUUUCUGAAAUGAUGAACAAAGGUAUUCCUUGUCCUAACAUUGUGUUCUUCAAUUCAGUAAUAAACAGUCUGUGCAAAGAAGGAAGGGUUAUGGAUGCACAUGAUAUCUUUGACUUGGUUAUAGACACAGGUGAGAGGCCUGAUGCCAUUACAUUCAGUUCACUGAUUGACGGAUAUUGCUUAGUCGGCAAUAUGGAUAAAGCAUUAAAAGUACUUGAUGUCAUGGAAUCAGUUGGUGUUGAGCCUAAUGUUAUUACAUACAAUACACUUGUUAAUGGCUAUUGUAGAAAUGGAAGGAUCGAUGAUAGUUUGACUCUGUUCAGAGAGAUGCCGCGUAAGAGAAUUAAACCUGACACUGUUUCAUAUUGCAUAAUAAUGAAUGGGUUGUUUCGUGCUGGGAGAACUGUUGCCGCAAGAAAAAUGUUCCAUGAGAUGACGGAAAAUGGAAUAACAGUGAGUAUUUCUACAUACAGUAUAAUACUUAGAGGUCUUUGUAGAAAUAAUUGUGCAGACGAAGCUAUCACCCUGUUCCAGAAAUUAGGAACAAUGAAUGUAAAGUUUGAUAUUGCAAUACUCAAUACCAUGAUUAAUGCAAUGUACAAGGUUGGGAGAAGAGAAGAAGCUAAGGAUUUGUUUGCUGCAAUAUCACACAGUGGCUUGGUGCCCAAUGAAUCUACUUAUAAGGUAAUGAUAAAAAAUCUUCUAAAAGACGGAGCAGUGGAAGAUGCUGACAAUAUGUUUUCAUCAAUGGACAACAGUGGUAUCGUUCCCAGUUCCCUUCUUAUAAAUGAUAUCAUCAGAAUGUUGUUGGAAAAAGGUGAGAUAGCCAAGGCUGGAAAUUAUUUGUCUAAAGUUGAUGGGAAGAGUAUCUCACUUGAAGCUUCAACUGCCUCAUUGAUGUUGUCUCUCUUUUCAAGGAAAGGGAAACAUCAGGAGGAUAUUAAGUUGCUCCCUGCAAAGUAUCAAUUUUUCGAUGGGUUUGGUUGACUAGUUGAUAUGCUGCAUAUGAGACUAACUCAUCGGAAAGCACAGUUAUGUUAUUGCUUGCGAAAGCUCUCCUGCCAGAACAACUGUAUAAGAAACCAAACUGCCUACUUGUAUAGUGAGUUCAUUUUGUGGUGUGUGCGGAUCACAUGAAAGUGACAUGUCUAUGAAUCUUUUAAUCUUUGAUGGGCGAGGAAAGGUAGACAAUUAGUCUAACACGAUUGGUUACAAUUUUAGGAGUAAUUACUUCUGAUGGCGAUUGGGAAAGAUACACAAUCUUUUUCUACUAGCCACCUGUAAUUUUAGGGGUAAUUACUUCUGAUGGUGAUUGGGAAAGAUACAAUUUAUUAAUUCAUAUGCUUCGUUUUGGUGGGGGCUUGUAACUUUCUCAGGUGAAAAGAAGCUGAAGAAGAAGAACCAUGGCGGCUUGCUAUCUCAGUAAUGGUAUUCCCUGCAAGUAGCUUGUGGUUCUACUGCCUUUCAUAAUAAGUGUUAGUCUUCUUGCACAACUUACCUCCUUAGAUCUAAUGCUAUAUGAAGGUGCGUGUAGUUCUUUUUCCAGAGAAUAAUAUCCGAGGUUACAAUAUAUUCUGCACCCUUGGUUUAGAAAUGGGUGGUAUACAUAUAUAAUCUUCCACAAGAAGCAUUAAAAAUACAAUCUUUUCUAGUAUGAUUUGUACCAGCCACCUGAGCUUUUAUAAACUCUCUAAAGCAGUCACUUUCCUUCAUAUGAAUGCAUUUGUUAGCAAUGUCAUUGUCAGUGAUCUGCUAUCUCAAGGGUUGUUUUAGUUCUAGUUUGAGAAUUUUGUUUAUUUUUCGGGGCAAAAAGGUCCUGGACGAACUGAUGUUUGAGGUUGCUCAUGUUAUAUCCAAUUAGCGGAUAAAUAUACAAGCUCAUGCUGGACUCUCCUACACUCUAUGCUGCUGUCAGUUGCACUGGUGGGAGCUCGUCACAUACAGGUGAGAAAAUUAUUUCCAGUGUGAUUUCUUUCUACUUUACUUCAUCGAAGAUUCAACUAUGUUUCCUCAUGAUGUACAUAAAGGUAUGGCCAAGAAUUCCCCGGUGUGAGCUUUCGCUUCAGUGUGGAGGACACUAACACUACCUCACGUGACAGAAGGAAUCAGAGCAUUUGCUUGAUGAAAACUUCUUGCUCUCUUACACUGUGGUGUGCAUUCCUCUCCAGUUCUGGUGCCGUCUGUUCUCCGUACUGCCCCGCAACAAUAAAGUUUCCAAGAAUCCAUGCUGCAACCUUUACCUUCUCUGUUCAUUUCUUGGUCCUCAACUGCAUCAAUGCACCACACUUACUUCUCUGCUUCAGGUACUCCCCUGGAUGCACACACUUACACGGCGAGGACAACUUUGAGUUCCUCCACCAUACACAUCCUUCUUGCUCGACUUCCUCUUGUUCAGAUCUCAGCUUCUUUCUACCUAGCGUUGUUCGAAAAUAGUUGAAGGAGAACCAUUCUUGCUCAUUCUUGGUUCUUGGUUCUUGGUUGAAUAGGCUCUGAAACAAGCUUCAUUCUUGUAUGUUACUGAAACUUUGGCUACAUAGAAACCUGGGUUCAGUUGCAUACCUAGCUUAGCAUCCACCCAAAUUCAUGUUGUAUGCAACAAGUGCAAGUUUGGAUUUAACGAUUUGGUAGCAGAAGUCUAUGUCUACUCGAAGGCAUCAUUCAUCUAUCAUUUAGUUCCGCCCAUGGUUAUGAAAGAAACAUUUCUAUGCUGUUGUCACCGAUAUGUUCAGUGAUGCCUAUUGCACUAAGCAGCUAAAGAAGAACUUCAAGCGUCAUCAGCAAAUGCAUGAAGGUUCAUUUUUCACUCAGGUUCCUGUGGAGUGCAUGCCUUUUCACCUUUGCAGGUGAGUCCUGGGUCUGCUGCUCCCAUAGCAGUCACGGCGUCUUCUAUCCGGUGAGGGUAGAUAGGCUGGCGUGUUGGCUGAGCGGGGCCUCCUGUUGGUGUGUGUUUGCCUGUUUGGCACCUGUUGUUACGCUCGGCAUGUCAUUGGCGAGAGUGGGCUUCGUGCUGUGAGUAUCGAUGUUUGGAAGUGGGCUUAGCCCUUGUUGUAUCUGUUUUUGCCCAAUUUUCCGUAAUUAACUGAGCAUCAAUCUUCUUCUUAAUUAAUGGAACGGGCAAAGCUUUUGCCCACAUUUCAAAAAAUAUAUAUUUGUCACUGAGAAUUAAAUGCCACAUUGAGGACUGCAAGUGCUCAUUUUCAAAGGUGUGAUUUGCAAUCUCACAUGUCUGACUCUUUUUCAUGGAUUUGUUGCUGUCUGCAAUAAAUCGCAAAACUGCUCUGUUUUUCAUGCUCCACAUUUUGAAUUUCAGGAAUCCAAUUUGGACAAGCACAUUAAGGAAGUUCAUGAGCGGAGUAGCCCCUUCACAUGCGCAUUCUCUGUUUCCAUACAAAGCAUAACAUGCAAGUGACAAUGAUGAGAAAUGAACCUAGUGCUCACGUGCAUGUUGAGGUCAAUUUUGCGGAUGCUGAUGAGCAACCACGACCUCGUCCAGGCAGGCACAAGAGGAUGCUCAUUUCCGUCGAGACUUUGAUGCGAAAGAGGGUAACCUGCUCCUGCUUACGAUGAUGGAACCGAGUAUCUGAGACGGCUUCUGUCAGGUUGAUUCUAGAAGGAAUUGGAACGAUGCUACAUUUUUUGGUUGAUCAAACAGGCUUCUGUACUUUGAGAUAUCCUCAUUCUUAUUAUGCAUGUAUGUACAUUUCAAGGAAAUAGAUAGGCAAGAGCAGUAUGUAACCGUGUCAUAGUAUAAGAUAGCAAUUGUCUAGAUAAUAUGAGAUGUGAAUGAGUGAAGAUGCUAUUUUUGCUCAAGUAACGAAGAACCCCAAUCCGUAGCUGUAUUUUUCAUUUUUUUUAAGAUAAUGGUUGUAUCUUGAAACCUUUGAUUUAAAUGAUUUUCAUAGAAUUAUUUCCACUUGGGUUGUU